AUGGGCCUCGAGCGACACAAGACGGCCGUCUCGCGGAUCGCCUCGGCCAUCCGCGGCUUCUACGAGCGCAGAGAACCCUUCCGGAUAAACCACGGGUCCACAAACAGCACGCGACCGAUCCGACGCCAGAACCAAGUCGACAUCAGCGACCUGCGCAAUGUGCUGAGCGUUGAUCCGGCGACGCGGACGGCGCUCGUCGAGCCCAAUGUCCCCAUGGACCGUCUUGUCGAGGCGACGCUGAAGCAUGGGCUUGUACCGCCCGUUGUGAUGGAGUUCCCCGGGAUAACUGCGGGUGGAGGCUAUGCGGGGACGGCGGGGGAGAGUAGUAGUUUCCGGCAUGGGUUUUUUGAUCGCACGAUUAACUACGUGGAGAUGGUUAUGGCGGAUGGGACGGUUAUGAAGGUGUCGGAGGGUGAGAAUGCGGAUUUGUUUCGCGGGGCUGCUGGGGCGGUUGGGACUUUGGGGGUUACGACCUUGAUGGAGCUGCAGCUUGUUGAGGCGAAGAAGUUUGUCAAGGCGACGUAUCACCCGCAGCGGAGUGUGAGAGAUUCGGUGGCGAAUGUGCAUGCUGAGACGCUGAAUGAGCGAAACGAUUAUGUCGAUGGCAUUGUGUAUGGGCCGGAACAUGGUGUUGUUGUUGCGGGCGAGAUGACGAAUGAUAUGCCAGACACUGCAAAGGUGCAGACGUUUAGUCGGGCUUGGGAUCCGUGGUACUAUCUGCAUGUCAAGGACAAGACGCGGACUGGGAACUCGCCGGUGGUCGACUAUAUCCCGCUGGCCGAGUACCUAUUCCGGUAUGACCGCGGUGGGUUCUGGGUUGGGCAAGCUGCGUUUGACUAUUUCCAUUUCCCAUUCAGCCGGGCAACGCGAUGGUUCCUGGACGAUUUCCUGCACACACGAAUGCUGUACAAGGCUCUUCACGCAAGCGGGGAGUCAAGCCGAUUCGUUGUCCAAGAUCUCGCGCUCCCGUACUCCAACGCCGAGGCGUUCAUCGACCAUACCAGCCAGAACCUGGGUAUCUGGCCGCUCUGGCUAUGCCCGCUCAAGCAGAGCCCUGCACCGACAUUCCACCCGCAUUCCAGCGUGGAAAGCCCUGGCUUCACGGCGGACCAGAUGCUGAAUAUCGGCGUCUGGGGAUUCGGACCGAAGGACCCGGAGGAGUUUAUCACUGCCAACCGGGAGCUCGAGCACCGGCUGCGCGAGCUCGGGGGGAUGAAGUGGUUCUACGCGCACACGUACUACGGCAAAGACGAGUUCUGGAACAUGUACAACAAGGAGUGGUACGAGGGCCUGCGACAGAAGUACAACGCGACCACUCUUCCCAGUGUCUACGACAAGGUCAAGAUUGACGUGGACGCCGACCGCAAGGAGCGCGAGGAGUCGUGGAGCCGCAAAGCCCGCGGGAUCUGGCCGGUUGGAGGGCUGUGGGGGAUUAAGAAGGCGAUUGAGAGCAAGGAGUACCAUAUCCAUCGCAAUUCCACCUGGAAGUGGAAGCAAUAA